CAGCCGACUUGGACGUCUAACGAAAACAAUAGUGAUGCUGGCAAUGCCGCGAAGCCUUGAUUCUCCAAACAUACGACAAAUCGAAUGGUAAGAAUUUGUAGUAAUAUGAACUCCUAAUAACACAUUGAUAAUGACUACUCAAGCGGUCACACACACUCGAUCACGCAAACAGUCCAUCAAGUCCACAUGAAUUAUUUUUUCCAAUCCAAAGUACCCCACAGCCACACAAAUGGAGGUACAUGUGUUAAUUGACUUAAAAAUCUUGGAGCGGAAUAUCAGACAGACACGUUGUUAUAAGAAGUGGGCUAACUGGGUUGGUGUAGAAUUGAGGUAAAAUAAUCAUCUUUGCUCUCAAGAGCAUCCGAUUUUAAUCAGAUAUAUUGAAAAAGGAAGGAUUUUUUGGUUCAUUUUAGGAGGAAUAAGUAAAGGGUUUGUCCUGAAUUUUGAAGUGAUGGGUUCAAUUGUGGAAGAAGAAGAGGUGAAGAAAGUUGAGGACAGCAAAAUUGUGGUUGUGAAUCCGAAGCCCAAGAAAGGGUUCAGUUCUAAGAUGAUUGAUUGGAUUGAGAAAGUGGUGGUGAAGUUGGCGUAUGAUACUAGCCAACCUCUUCAUUAUCUUUCUGGGAAUUUUGCUCCGGUGACUGAGGAGACUCCUCCUCUCAAGGACCUUCCCGUUAAGGGUCAUCUUCCUGUAAGUUCCACCGCCAGUUCACUUAGCAAAUUUUAAUGUCUCUUUACUGAAUGUGAAAUUUAGACUGAACUGAGUUUUUACUACGGAAUUACAAGAGUGCACUUGUUUGAUUUGUUGGGAUUUAUACCUUAAGGAUGGCAGAGUAAUUAUGUUGUUGGAUACGCCAUGACAUAAGGAUUAAUUAAGGUGAUACUUAUGUGUUUAUUCUGAAUCAAUACCAGAAGCAGCCUAGCUUUUUUUUUAUUUCUUUGGUGGCUCCAUACUUCCUCACUCAUCAUUUCUUUGCAUUAUUUAUCUGAAUGCUUAGGAAUUGUUGCAAUGAUCCUGAUGAAUCAUGAUCAUCAGGGAAGAUUUAAAAUGUAGAAUUUGGUGAAUUUAAUGAAAGGUUAUGUCAUGCGAGAUGGUGCAUAUGUUGUGUUGUAACAAAUGUGUGGAGGGGUAGGGUUUUUGCUGUGGCGGUCAAAUCAUAAUAAAUUUAAGUUUACGGGAUGUAGAUCUUAUAUAUGGAGAAAGAUGAUGGGACAUAGUUACCUGUCCCAACUUGUGGGAGAUGAGUUGGCUGUCAAUGUACUGCAAAGUCACCAUACUGACAGGGAUGAUCAAAAUAGGCAUAUAAUGAAGAAAAUUCCUGAGUUAGGUAACACAUGUUGCUCUUCAAGCUUGGCUUUUUUUUAGCAGAGGUUGACCUCAAGGGUAAUCUUCUAUACCAUAUUGAGGAUUCACAGGAAUGCUAACUUUGAUAGGAAUUCAUUUUGAGAGGAACUGACACAACAAUAUGAAUUAACUUCUUUGCUAGUUCUCGGAAAUAGCAUUCACCAAUUAUUGCAUAUAUUUCUCUGUUAAGAAAAACAUCCUUAAAUAUGUAGAUGGUUUUAAUAAAUCAACAUGGAGUUAAGCCAAAACUUUAAGAUAGACCAUCCUAUGGACUAUGGCUUAGUAUUCAAAACGAAUUCACUGGAUAGGAAUUUCUCAGUCUGUGGUUGUAGAUGCUUCUAGGAUUCUUUGAGAAAAUCAAUUUAUAGAGAUAUACUUGUGCUUGUGUUGCUGCUGCAUUGCAAUGAACUUGCCACGUGAUGCUGGAAGUUUGGUUCUGCACCUUUGUUGAUUCUGUAAUGUAUAAGAAAACAUUUUCGUCACAGGACUGUCUCAAUGGUGAAUUUGUGAGGGUCGGCCCAAAUCCAAAGUUUUCUCCUGUGGCUGGAUAUCAUUGGUUCGAUGGAGAUGGGAUGAUUCACGGUAUCCGUAUAAAAGAUGGAAAAGCAACAUAUGUCUCUCGUUAUGUGAAGACAUCAAAGUUAAAACAAGAAGAAUACUUUGGAGGAUCUAAGUUUAUGAAGAUUGGGGACCUGAAGGGACUAUUUGGCUUAUUCUCGGUGUAUAUGCAAAUUCUUAGAGGAAAGCUGAAAGUGUUGGAUUUGACCUAUGGAACUGGAACGGCAAAUACAGCUCUAGUCUAUCACCAUGGGAAGCUCUUGGCUCUUUCAGAGGGAGAUAAACCAUAUGUUGUGAAAGUCUUAGAAGAUGGAGACCUGCAAACUCUAGGCAUGUUGGAUUAUGACAAACGAUUGACACAUUCUUUUACUGCUCAUCCAAAGGUUGACCCCUUCACAGGGGAGAUGUUUACCUUUGGUUAUUCUCAGACACCUCCAUAUAUCACCUACAGAGUCAUUUCCAAGGAGGGUGUAAUGGAUGAUCCCGUGCCAAUAACAAUUCCAGAACCUAUAAUGAUGCAUGAUUUUGCAAUUACUGAAAAUUAUGCAAUAUUCUUGGAUCUCCCAUUGUACUUUAGGCCUAAGGAAAUGGUGAAGGAUAAAAAGCUGAUAUUCACGUUUGAUCAAACAAAAAAGGCUCGUUUUGGAAUACUUCCCCGCUAUUCAAAGAAUGAGCUUCUAAUAAAAUGGUUUGAACUUCCAAACUGCUUCAUAUUCCACAACGCCAAUGCAUGGGAGGAAGGAGAUGAAGUUGUACUCAUCACUUGCCGUCUGCAGAACCCUGACCUAGACCAGGUUAACGGAGAAGUGAAAGAGAAGCUUGACAAUUUUUCAAAUGAACUGUAUGAAAUGAGAUUUAACCUGAAAACCGGUAUAGCCUCACAGAAGAAACUUUCGGAGUCCGCAGUUGACUUCCCUAGAGUGAAUGAGAGCUACACUGGCAGGAAACAACGGUAUGUAUAUGGAACCACAUUGAAUAGCAUUGCCAAAGUCACGGGAAUUGUCAAAUUCGAUUUGCAUGCUGAACCAGAGGAUGGGAAAACAAAAAUUGAAGUAGGAGGUAAUGUUGUAGGUCUCUUUGACCUUGGACCUAGAAGAUUUGGUUCGGAGGCUGUCUUUGUUCCCCGCCAACCAGGAACUACAGUUGAAGAAGAUGAUGGCUACUUAAUUUUCUUCGUACAUGAUGAAACAACAGGGAAAUCAGCCGUCAAUGUAAUUGAUGCAAAAACAAUGUCUUCUGAUCCUGUUGCUGUUGUUGAUUUACCAAAAAGAGUUCCUUAUGGUUUCCAUGCUUUCUUCGUGACUGAGGACCAACUUCAAGAACUAGCAAAGCUGUGAGGGGAAGGGAAUAAGAAGUACUUGUAACUGAUCAGCUGAUUUGAGGAUGAGGAAGCAUGUGCAGGAAGGAUUCUCUUCUUCGAUGGCCAUGCUUUAAUUAAACUUUAAGGUCCAAAGUAUUCUCGGUCUUUUAUCACUCUCUUAGUGAAACAGAAAUACAUUGACAAUAUCAAAUGGGUGCUACUUCGAGUUAUCAGAUCAAUUUCGAAUUAUCUAUUCUCUAUGCCAAUUAAUUUGAGGAGAAAUGUAAUAAAAAUGUAGAUCAGCUUGUGAAUGAAAGUUAAGUUGAUGAAAUGAGCUUUGAACGUAAUUAUUUAAUUGAUGCAAAAAGAAGUGUUUUCUGACUCUGUUGAACUACCAAAUAGAGAAUUCCCAAAUGGCUUCCAUGCUUUCUUCGUUCGAAUUUUUCUUCAUCUCUUGUAUUUAAUUUAAUCAGUCUUCAUUCUUUAUAAUUAACCUCGUUUGGGAAUAAUUUGUUAAAUGAUGGAAAGUGACA